GCCUAGUUUGAGCCCUCAAGUUCUAAUGGUAGAUUUAUUAUGAAAUAUCACUUGGACUCUUAUAAACUAACGGAAGAUGAGAAGAAGGUAAAAAAAAACCUUUGCAUUGCUUUUUUUGUUAGUCUUCCCGCUUAUCAACAUAUUUCGUCGCGUUGUUUCUAGUGUGUAGUCUUUUAAAUGCUUAUUUCUAUAGAAAUAAACAUUUAGCAAUAUAUAUAUAUUACUUUUCCCUGUUGGUUUACUUAUCACAGGUGUUUUUAUUUUUAUGAACAUCACUUUCAUGUUUUUUGAUUACGAGGCAGUAAGCUUUAUUGUUAGGCUAAGAUUUAUAGGUAAUCAAGGUAAGUAGAAUUGCCUUCAGUGAGCAACUGGUUGCGGUGUCUUAGUACUCUUUAACUUUCAACAAGUAGUUCUCAGGUUCGGGUUACGCUUCACCUUCAGCUUUGAAAAUCGGUUACUCACGAAUCCUCACAAACAUGGCUUGAAGCUGAAUGCAUAAAUAUAUACUUGGUGGAUAAGUUACAUCAACAUCAAAAUCCAUUGCUUAGGAUAUAUAAUUACCUACUUUGUACUGUCCAUGUUGGGAUUCUUUCAGCAAUCUUGUCAUAGGGACUAAUGUUCUGAUCUAGAUGAGUUACCAAUCAACCGUCGUUUUGGCGUCAAUUGAAGAUAUGUCCUUAGUAUCUCCGUAUUGUGCUGGAACUUUACCGUAGUUCAGUCUUCUUAAGGACGAGUAGAAAAUUGAGGAAUUUCUUUCACUUAUUCAAAACUCUCAAAAUUCUCCUGAAUAUCAUCAGCUAGCUUUUAAUAUUUUAGCUGCACGCAAGUUUUCUGUCCCACAGGCUAUGGAGCUGUAUCAUAAUUAUCAAACAUUUUUGGCCAGUGAACAGAUUACUCGUGUUGAUCCCUUCGAAGAGGAUGUCAGACGUGAACUAUUGUCAGGGAAAUUCGUCAUUCUCAAUGAUAAUGACAUACCUGGUGUUCGUGUGGCACAGUUUUUUGUCAGAUUACAUCGAAAAUCAGGAAAUCAUCGGGCUUUGUUGCAUAGUAUCAUCUUUCAGCUAGAUGCUGCAUUGAGAAGAGAAACAGCUGCUAGAAAUGGUCUUGUAUUCAUUUUUGAUAUGACCGAUUCAAAAUAUUCCAAUUUUGAUUAUACAUUUUCAUGCAAGUUAUUCAAGAUGUUACGAUCCUCCUAUCCUGUACGUCUCCGGCGUGUACUAAUCCUAACUGCUCCUCUCUGGUUUCGUGCUCCUUUCUUAUUAAUGCGAGUAUUUAUUCGUGAAUUAUUUCAAGAUUGUGUAUAUGUACUUCGUCCUUCACCGGGAACCAAAUUAGAAGCACUUAGCCAUCCUGAUCCCAUUAUUUUAAAACGUGAUCAUUAUGCUUGGCUUCAAACUGCUCUAUUAAGAACUGGAUGGUUAUUGACUGAAGCAGAACAGGCCGCACUUCCUAUUGGUCAUCGUAAUCAAACAGUUGGUGCAUUUUUUGGUCCACCCCCAGAAUCUACCGGGUCAUUAUCGGAUUCUAGUGAUUCUGAGUUUCGUGAAGAUGAUGAUUCUUUUUCCACUAAUCAACUAGAUGAUGCUGCUGUCGAUGAUGAUUUAAUUAGUGUUGGUGAUUUAGAUCCAUUUUCUUUGACUAGUUCAUAUUCCGGUGAAGCUGAAAGUUCAGAUUUAGAAGAAUGUACAUCGGAUGUAAUAAUGAAAACAUUCUCAUCAUCUAAUUCAGAAAAAAUGAAUGAUAGUAAUUUCAAUCCAAAAUCCGUUUCAAAUUACUCGGAAGCAUGUUCAUAUGAUCAUAAACGUCAAACAUUAUCGAAUUCAGAACAUGGUGGGACGCCUACUCCUCCGACAGUUGCUAAACGCCCACAACUGUCAAAUACUGUGAAUUUGAACUAUUCCACUCUCAUAUCUGAUCAUACAAAUAGUCGUUCUUCAAAUGCAAUCACCUCAGGGAACCAUGUUAUGGGUUUUAAUGAAGACGUAUCAUUGGUACGUAUUGACCCUGUAACUCCUACUGCUGACAAUUCUAUCAACUCACCUUUAAUAUCCGAAGCUUUUGAUACCAAACAAACUGGUUUUAAUUAUGGGAAUUCUCAUGCACUUAACUCAUCUUGUUCAUCCAAUACAUCUUUCUUCUCGACUGGUUCUACUGGUGUACAUUCUACAAAAUGCAGUCCAAUCAGUGAUAAACUCUUAAACCAGUUAAUAACAUCAGGUUUACCGAAAACAACUGAAUUCGAAAGACGUGGAAUGUCAAAAGUUAUCCAUGAAGUUUCAGGUUUAACAACUUCUAAGGAUCAUGACUUACCUCUUGCAGAUGCUGAAAUUUCAGAUUCUAUUUGUUUAGCUCCCGUCCAAAAUAAAGUUGCACCUCUUGCUCAAGAUGAAAUAGGAGAUCGAACUAUUUGUAAUAAUAAAAAUCCAGUUCAUAUGUUGCCAAGAGUUCCAGCGUUUGAUUCCAGACUAGUUAACACUAGUCAUCCGUCAUUAGAUGUUAUCCCUAAUUGGGCAAUUGGUCGCCCUCAAGGGGAGUCAAUUCACCAAGACCAUGAUUUAAUAUAUCCUGUUGAAUUAUCAUCAUCAAUGAAUAAUAGUCAAACUACAGAAAUUACUCCAUUGAAUUCCUCAUCAUUAAGUUAUCUGGUUUCUUCAAGCUAUGAUAAAUGCAAUGAAUGGGGCGAAGAAGCUCCUUCUUCUUCCUCUUCUCCUCUGCAUCAUACCGCUAACAGUAAAACAGUGUCUAUUGCUUCACCAAUCAAUAAUAAUCAUAAUACAUGCUGUGAUAAUAAUCGAGAUGCAUCAUUAUCGUCAUCAGUAGAAAGACAAAGGAUAUACGAUGAAAUUGACGCAAAUAUGAUUGAAAUCAAUAGUACAACAUCUAGCAGUGAUGAUGUUUCAGCUAGAAAUGAUGAAGGCGUAAUCGAUGUAGUUGUUAACGAUGAUGAUUUCGAACCCGAAGAAGAAAUAGAAGAGGAUGAUGAUGAUGAUGAGGAAGAGGAGGAGGAAGAGGAUGAAUAUGAUGACGAUAACUUGGAAGUGACUCAAACAAUUAUUAUGCAAGAACAUUGGAUGAAUCCAAAUGAACUAGUACAACACAUUGAAAAUGUUGGUUUGACUGGACUUAAUUCAGAGUAUAGUGCACUUGUUCAGUUGAAGAACGAAUAUACGCAUAUUGCUUUCAAGCAUAUACUUAAUCGGAGUAAAAAUCGUUAUUGUGAUGUGAUUUGUCAUGAUGCAACUCGUGUUUAUCUCCAACCAUUAUUAUUAUCGUCGGAUAUUUCUAGAAUUUCCACUAGUCGUAGUGAUGAAGAUCCUACAGUAUUAUGUAAUGCUCAGAAAUCCCUUACCGCACGUCUUCAUCGUACACAUUCAGCACCAAUAUCAGCGCAUACACUAGUAAAAAAUUAUAUUCAUGCCAAUUGGGUCGAUGGUUAUCGACAGAAAAACGCUUUUAUCUGUACUCAGGGUCCAUUAUCGGAAACUGUAGGUGAUUUUUGGCAGAUGAUUUGGGAUUAUCACUGUCCUAUUAUUGUCAUGAUCACAAGAAUUCUUGAAGCUCAACGUUCCAAAUGUUACUUAUAUUGGCCAGAUGUGGAAAAACAAAAACUCUACUUUAGUUCUGGCCACACAGGUUGUCUCUAUGCUCCUGCUCCAUCUGAUCGAUCAAAUAAUAGCUUUUCGAAAUUUAGUAGUAAUAAUGAUGUUACUCCGGAUUUUUUAAUUGAAAAUAUCAAGUGUGAAAGUAAUGGGAAUUUUGCUCAGACAACACUACGAAUAACACAUUUACAGCUACACGAAGUACGGACUGUUGAACAUUUUGCUUUCUUUUCAUGGCCUGAUCAUGGUACACCUCAAACAACUGAAGGUUUACUAGAUUUACUCACUUCCGUUCAAUCAACUUAUUUGAAUGAAAUUGAAAAAUUGGGCUAUAAAACCUAUGAAAAUCAGAAAAUUCCACCUCCUCCAGUCGUUGUACACUGUAGUGCAGGAAUUGGUAGAACAGGUACUUAUGUAACUGUGGAUAUAUGUACAAAAUGGUUAGCUGAUUCACGUAAUACAGAGCAUAAAAUCAAUAUUCCUCUAACAGUCGCUCGAGUACGUUCACAACGUUUCGGCUGUGUUCAAGUAUCGUCACAGUAUGUAUUUUGUUAUCGUGCAAUUAUUGAUUUUGCAGUGAACUCCGGUUUAUUGGAUUCGAGUAAAACUCAAGAAGCGCUAGAUUUAUUGUGCACUGAAUCAAAUUCUCAAACAUCAUCCUCAUCAUCAGUAUUACCGAAUUCAUCAUUUUAUCAAUCCACCUCAUUGCCUAGACCAUUUCCUGGACUGAUAACAAAUUAUAUUAAUGAUGUUGCUAGUACAUUAUCGUCCUCAUCUACUUUUCGAUAUCACCGAAAUAUUGGUAGUAGUAGUAGUGCUACUACUACCACUAGUAAUAAUUCACCCUUAGUUACUUCUGUUUCGAUGAUGUCUUCAAAUUCCUCAUCGUUUAAUCAUCACAGUCGUAGUCCAUUCCAUGAACUAUUAGCUUUAUUCUCUCCUGCCAGUCUGGCAUCAAUUAAAAAUUCAAUUCGCUUUAAGAAAUAUAAAGAUGAUCUGAAUAGUUCGGACUUUUCCACAGUAAACGGUGUUCUAGAUAUGGACGAAACUUGUUAUUUGGAUGUAACUACUGACAACAAUAACCAGAACACAAAUACUUUAAAUUUUAUAGCAUCGACAACCAUUUUCACUGGUAAUAAUACCACAACUACUAUCUCUGAUAAUAUUAGCAGUUCAUUAAGUAAUAGCAGGAAUAAUAAUGAUAAUAAUCGAAGUGAAUCAUUUAUUGUAAAUCCACAUUUCGAUUUUAAUAUCUCCUCAUCGUCUUCAUCAUUAUCAACAAAUAGUACUACACAUUUACCCAUAUCCGGACUAACAGAUACUACAACUACUACUCAAUUAAUAAAUAAUAACAUUGAAAGUACUAUAAUUGUCCAACCACCAUUCACUCGUCCAAUGAAACCGGCUAUUUUCAAUGAUGAUAAAUCGAAUCUGACUACUAAUUAUAUUGACAAAUGUAAGUCUAAUAAUAGUAUGAAGAAAAUUCAUUCGCCUACACAAUCAUCGGAUACUGGUAACUCUUGAUGAAUUUGAAUAUUGGGGCAUACCUCACUAUCUCAGAUCUGCACAACUAAUAUUACUGGUAAAUGUGCUACAUUAUUGUUAUUGAUAAACCUAGUUGUAGUACGAAUUUGAUCAGCUUCAAUGUGUAUACGUAUGUGUACAUUGAAUUUUACAGGCUUCUCUUUACACAUGUACACACGAAAUCUGUCUUUUAUUCUUAUUGGUAUUUUUGACGACUCGUCAUUUGUCACUAUCACUGUUGUUAUUAAUAGCAAAUAUACUACUUCCAUAUACUACUACUACUAAUAGUAAAAAUCGUAACAAAUAUAGUGAAUGGUACUUUUAUGUUUAUUAUCAAUGAUAUGCCAAAUGCAUUUGUCAAUUAAGUUCUUAUCUGUAUUUAUUUGACUAUUUACUGCUAGUGUCGCUUCUUUUGUAUUCGAGUAAAAAAUACUCGUUUGUCAGUUUGUUUCUUGUAUAUGUUUUCCUAUUCUUGAUAAAUCUCAAACUGUUGAUUGACUUUUGUGUAUGUAUAUGUAUCUGUGUAUAAACUCAUACUUGUGUUUUUUGUCUUCGCUAUACGAGAAGGCUUCCUUAUUUUCUAAUGUUGUUCAAUAAUUUUCAAGUUUUUUAAACAAAAUGCACUUAAUAAUUGUUCGAUUCGUGUUUUUUUUUCAAUCCACACCCCCUGCCGUCAUCAUUUUUUAUGUUUUAACAUAAAUUUCAUUAGUACAGUUAAGAAAUUUAAAGCGGACACUGGAACUUGGGUGUCAAAUUUUGUUGCAUGUUAUUGUUGUCAUUACUUUCUCUCUCUCUCUCUCUGUAUCAUGUUAUAACUUUUCUGCUAUUUCUUCACUUCACAACCACUUGCGAUUGUUCCAUAUUGUUACUACCCAGUAUGUCUUCCUGUGGAUUUUACUUUUAAUCAUUGUUAUUUUUUAACACCACGAUAUUAUUAUUAUAUCAAUGCAGAUGCAUAUCCGCUCUCAUACACAUAAAAGAUAGUACCACGUACACUUGCACAUACACACACACAAACUUAAUUCAUUGUUUUCUGGAUCAGACCAACAAGUAUUAUUGCCUUUGUAGUAGUGGUUAUUGUUAUUAUUGUCCACUUCGUUUUUGUCUCUUACACACAUAUACACAAUACAUGUUUUUAUUCCUUACAGUCAUACUACUGAUCUGUAUAUGUUUUGUUUAUAAUCUUUAAUUCAUCUAGUAAUUUUCUUUUCGAGUAUAGAAAAAAGAAAUAUUCAGCUUGUUAGUUUUUAUUCGAUACAUGUGUAUUUGUAAUAAAUUGGUUAACUAGUAGUAAUAUUAGUAAGUAGUGUAUAGUUUACUACAUGAAGCAGCAACAACAUCUAUUUCUAUUGAAUAUUCUUUUCGUUAACUUAAAAACUAAAAGAAGGGAAUAUAGUUCAUAUUGUGUUGAAUCAUCCACGUGUAAAUCUAUACAAUUCUGUCUCCUUUUUUGUCUAAAAAAGAAUUUGUUUAUUUAUGCAAUAAUUUUCUUUGUUGGAUUGACUGAUUGAUUGUUUCUCUCUGUGUGUGUGUGUAUGUAUGUAUGUAUCUAGUUUCCCUCUCUGUUCUGUUUUACAUGAUGUUAUAGAGUAAUGUAAGAUGGAAUUCCAUUUACUUAUAAAAUAUUUAUACAUAAUUAUGUAAAUACUUUUUAAUUGAAUAUGAAAUAGCAAUGACAAUUUUUUUUCUAAAUAAAACGUUUGAAGUUAUCAGUG